AAUUAUAAAGAAAAAAAACGAGAAAUGCUCAUUUGAAACGUCAUUUCCUGUUUCAAACAGAUUUUCCGCCCAUCGCGCGCAUGCUCAGGUCUCUUUACGACUCGGCUGGCAAAUAUGGCGGAUGCGCAAACCGAGAGGUCCUAUCAGAAGCAGCCCACCAUCUUCCAGAACAAGAAGCGUGUUCUGCUUACCGAUGGUGGGAAGGAAGGCAAGGAGAAGCUACCCCGCUACCAUAAAAGCGUCGGGCUUGGCUUCAAAACCCCAAGAGAUGCUAUUGAAGGCACUUACAUUGACAAGAAAUGCCCCUUCACUGGAAAUGUCUCCAUCCGUGGCCGUAUCCUCUCUGGUGUGGUGACCAAAAUGAAGAUGCAGAGAACCAUCGUCAUCAGACGCGACUACCUGCAUUACAUCCGCAAAUACAACCGCUUUGAAAAAAGGCACAAGAACCUCUCUGUCCAUCUGUCACCUUGCUUCAGAGACGUCACCGUUGGAGACAUCGUGACCGUUGGAGAGUGCCGACCGCUCAGCAAAACUGUGAGGUUUAACGUCCUCAAAGUGACUAAGGCUGCUGGAGCGAAGAAACAGUUCCAGAAAUUUUAGGUUUGAUUUGGAGCAGGACGGCUGCUGGAUAACACGACCCUUUCAAAUAAAGAAAAUCCUGUUUGAAA